GCAUUAGAAAUCCUCUCUCACCAAGUGAUUUAAAACGACUUCAGAUCAGACAUCUGCAUCUUUACUCUUCACCCGUCCUGACCCUCUUCUCCCCUGCAGCCUGACUAACUUACCCUCCUCUGUAGUGAACCGCGUCUGGAGAGCACACGGACAAGAGUGGCGUGCUUUCAGCCACUCUGCGAUCUCAGCGCUGCCGUUGAGUCCACCGCCGAGCGCUACAUGUACACAGCCAGCUGUCGUACUUCCCUGUCUGUUUCUGCAUCCCGCUGUACGCACUUCACUGAGCAGCAUCUCCUCGCUCCUUCUUCUCCGUGUUUUUACUCUACCCCUGCUGCGCAGUGCCGGUCCAGAACCACCUCAGCAAAAUGACCGAAACGGAAAACCGGAAUCAUCACGCUGGCAAGCAACAGAACGGAGGGGCCAUGGAGGAAACAUCGACGGUGGAGGAUGUUUUUGACGACACCUAUAGAGAGAAAGAGGGCCCCAAACCGCCGAGGAGGCUGGUGUGGAGAAAUAUCAUAUUGAUGAGCGUCCUACAUGUUGGUGCGCUGUAUGGACUGACUAUCCUUCCUUCCGCAUCGGGUUUAACUCUUGCAUGGACUGCAGUAUGCUACCUUGUCAGUGCUCUUGGUGUGACUGCUGGUGCACACAGAUUAUGGAGUCACAGAUCCUAUAAGGCUUCUCUUCCCCUGCGAGUCUUUCUUGCUCUUGCAAACUCCAUGGCCUUUCAGAAUGACAUAUAUGAGUGGGCGAGGGACCACCGUGUCCACCACAAAUACUCUGAAACGGACGCAGACCCCCACAAUGCCAAGAGGGGGUUCUUCUUUUCCCACAUUGGUUGGCUGCUGGUUCGCAAACAUCCUGAUGUCAUUGAAAAGGGCAGAAAACUGGAGCUGUCAGACCUGAAGGCAGAUAAAGUGGUUAUGUUUCAAAGACGGCACUACAAACUGUCUGUGGUGAUUCUUUGCUUCCUGGUGCCCACGUUGGUGCCCUGGUACUUCUGGGGUGAAUCCUUGGGUGUGGGAUACUUUAUCCCUGGGCUCCUGAGGUAUGCUGUGAUUCUCAAUGCCACCUGGCUGGUCAACAGUGCUGCGCACAUGUGGGGCAACAGGCCUUAUGACAAGACCAUUAACCCGAGGGAAAACCGGCUGGUGGCUUUCAGUGCCAUAGGGGAAGGCUUCCACAACUACCAUCACACAUUCCCCUUUGACUACGCCACCAGUGAGUUUGGCUGCAAGCUCAAUCUCACUACUGCCUUUAUAGACUUCAUGUGCUUCCUGGGUUUGGCCAAGGACCGCAAGAGGGUGAUGAAAGAAACCAUCACUGCCCGCGUACAACGAACCGGCGACGGCAGCUACAAAAGUGGCUGAGCACACUAGUUUUGAACUCUGCUGAUUGAUACUGAUAUGUUGAACCGAGACAGAUCGUAGCAACAGGUAUAGCAGCAUUUCAGUGACAGGGGGGUGAUUACCAUGCUUCUGAUUAUCAGUUAAACCUCUUCCUGAGACUAAUAUUGGCUUUAAAGAGCUGUAGACCUUUCCAUAAAUUGUGUGGGUCUCCCUUAAGUUUUGAAGUGUCCUCACUGACUAUUAGCCACAGCUAGCAACUUGGCUAUAUCAGCGCAGCUUUUUCAAUAUAAUAUAAAAUCGGCAUGGACAGAAUUACAAAGGCUAGUUUGGAUUUAAGCCUCUUUUGGCAGCAUUAGCACUGCCAAAAAAAAGCCUUUGUGGAGCAGUGUGUGAAAACAGCAUUAAAGAAUAAUAUACUCUAUUUCUUAGUUGUUAGUGUUCUAUUUAUUGAUAGUCUUUGGCACUUUAAAGCUUUAUUGAAACCUUUAACAGCGAGGUUUCUCUACAGGCAAGAUUGAAGGCCUUUUGCUUUAACUUUGACUUUGAUUCCACAGGGAGUGGUGUUUCUUCUUGAUAUCCAUUUGUCUUUUUCAAGCCAAGGUUUUUCUUUAGGUAAGCAAAUAGUCUUACUAAAUCAUAAACUGCCAUAUUCAAUAGCAGCACUAAGACAGUCAACCCUGUGUCAUUAAUAUUAAGAUGUGCUAUACUUUUUCUUUAUCUGAAAAGAGAGAGUAAUUUGCAUUUGUUUGGUAUUCAUUUGAAAUACUUCAAGAAAUAAAGUCUCCCUCCUCCACAGAUAAGGCCAAAGAGGCAUGUGUGGGAGGUGCUUUUACCUUUUUGUGCUGUGUUUGGUUGAAACGUGUCAGGAAUCUUGCCCAAAUGCCUUAUGAGGGUUGCACACGUGUUAUGAGACUAAAUUAAGGCCUAAAUUUUCUGUCUUAUCACAGCUGUGUGGUGUCUGCUUUUAAGAAACUCUUCAAAAAUUUAAAUCCUAUUUUGAGUGGACAAACUGGGACCAUUCAACAAAUCCUGAAAAAAAUGAUGGAUUGCUAUGAUUUAUGUAUUAUUUAUUUAAUUUCGUUUUUGGAUCCAAAUAAAUACUUUGUUUCAAAAUAAGAUCCAAACUUGUGAUGAUGUCACUAACGAUCCUGCUGUAGUAUUUGUCACACUUCCUCUUUUACAGAGUGGCAAUUUUUUACAGUGUUAACUUCUUGAAGUUUGAAUGCCUUAAAAAAUGGCACAUUUUUUCAGAGAAUGUUUUUGCCCACUGUAUGUACCUUAAAUAAACCAAAUUUUCUACUUGUGACAAAGUAUGUUUUGCUGUUUUUGUUGGAAUUCUGUAAUACUCCUUCAUAUACUGAAUAAAAAAAAUUUGACCGCA